AAUUGAAAUUUGAAAUUGAACUUUUAGUUUGGUGAAGUUUUUGGUUUACUUUUAAAAGUGGGUGAAUAAACAAGAAAAGUUAUGGAGACCUCUGAUGUUGAUAACGAUCCUCAAAGAAUAUUAAAAUCUCCUCCACCGCGGCGUCGUUCAACAUUCUUUGAAAGGCGCGACUCUAUAGUGUCGCAGCCCCUAUCAGAAAAUUUACAAGAUGAGGCUAAAAGCAACCCAGAAGAGGGUGAUAGAUGUAAUCACGAACUAGUAAGGUAUUAUGAACUCUUAAAAGGAGAAAAGGAACAAUGGCAAAAAGAGGUAAAUCGCAGGAGGAAUGAAUAUCAUGACCUUAGACUACAAUACCAAAUGUCAGCAAAGGCUUCCAGUAGAUCAAGGUUAAAUUACUCAGUAUUAAACAGUGAGGAUAUGGAAUUUCUUAAAGCUAAAGUAAAUAUUUCUAAAUUAGUGGAAAGCCAGCAAAAGCUGCAGAAAUCAGUCAAAUUAACUCAAGCGUUCUAUAGAAAAGCACUAGAACUGGAUGAUGUUGUAUUGAGGAGUUGUGAAGACAAAGUAAAUCAAAUCACAGAUUAUAUUCUGGACAAUAGUACCAUUGACUCUGUAUAGCUACUGUUUUUUUUGCUACAUUGUAGUACAAUUAAUGAAUGUAUUUGAUGAUGUAAAAA